AUGAAGGAGAUUCUAUCCAAGAAAAGGAAGAUGGAAGAUUAUGAGACGGUGGCACUCACUGAAGAGUGCAGUGCAAUAUUGCAGAGAAAGUUUCCCCAAAAGUUAAGAGAUCCGGGGAGCUUUACUAUACCGUGUACAAUCGGGAAGUUUGAGUGUAAGCAUGCUUUGUGUGAUUUGGGGGCGAGUAUAAAUUUGAUGCCUUUGUCUAUAUUCAGAAGACUUGGUUUCGGGGAGGCUAGUCCUACAACAGUUACAUUACAGCUAGCAAAUCGUUCAGUUAAACACCCCAAAGGAAUCAUAGAGGAUGUCCUUGUUGAAGUGGACAAAUUUAUUUUUCCGGCAGAUUUCAUAGUAUUGGAUAUGGAAGAAGAUGAAAAUGUCCCAAUCAUUCUGGGAAGGCCAUUUUUAGCUACUGGGCAAGCUUUAAUUGAUGUUCAAAAGGGUGAACUGACACUUCGAGUGCAGGGUGAAGAAGUGGUAUUCAAUGUGUUUAAGGCCUUAAAGUUUGCAAAUGUAAAUGACAGCUCUUUCAAAGUUGACAUGGUAGAGAAAGCAGUGGCAGGAAUUAAUCUCACAGAGGAUUCACUUCAGAAGAGUUUGACAAUUGAUGAUAUAGAUGCUGAGUUAGACAGUGAGGUCCAAGAGUGUGUACAGUGGAUGAAUUCUAAAGGGCCAAUUUAUAAUCGAAAAUAUGAAGAUUUUGGCCAAGGACCUGAAAGACCAUUACAAUCAGUUCAGAAACCUCCAGAGUUGGAAUUGAAAUCAUUGCCAGCACAUCUUUGA